CACCCUACAUUACUUCAGUUUCUUUCUGUCACCUCCUUUAAUCUCUCUCACUUUCAUUUCAUUUGUGAUAAGAGUGAUAUAGUGACAAACAAACAUGCAUGUAUGAAGACUGAGGACCGAAGAGUUUCUUUAUAUAUGUGUCACUACCUUUAUGAUUUCAUUGAUUUGGCACUGAAUUCUAAGGAGAAUUAAAAACUUUGUUUUGGGUUUUGGAAAGGAACCCAUUUUUGUUUGCUUAUCAAAGGUCAAUGGGUACUGUCUUUAUUUUGAGUUUCUUCUUUCUCAUUAUCUCCAUCUCACCUUCUUAUGGGUAUGAUCCAUUAGAUCCUCAUGCCAAUAUAACCAUUACAUGGGAUCUCAUGCUUCAAAAUGAUGCAACAUAUGAUGUAAGGGUAUCACUCUACAACUUCCAAUUAUUCCGGCAUGUGGACCGGCCUGGUUGGAAAUUGAGUUGGACGUGGAUAAGCGACGAGGCAAUAUGGGAUAUAUGGGGAGCAGAGGCCACAGAGCAAGGAAAUUGCUCUAGAUUUAAGGGUGGAGUACUUCCACAUUGUUGUGAGAAGCAGCCAGUGAUUGUUGAUCUCAUGCCAGGAGCACCAUAUAACAAGCAGUUUAACAAUUGUUGCAAGGGAGGGGUGCUAACCUCUAUGACACAAGACCAAACUAUGUAUGGUGCUGCUUUUAGGAUGAAUGUUAAUAAAGCUACCAUUAACAAUACAGGCAAUCGCUUCUUCAUGCCUUUAAAUUUCAACCUUGGUGUUCCUGGAUAUACUUGUGGAGAUCCAUUUCAAGUUCCACCAAGCAAGUUCAAGGCAGAUGGAAGCCGUCGAUCAACACAAGCUCUUGAGACUUGGAAUGUAACCUGUAUUUACUCGCAAUUUCAAGCAUCACUUACUCCAAAAUGUUGUGUUUCCUUAUCUGCAUUCUACAAUAGUACCAUUAUUCCUUGCCCCCAGUGCAGCUGUAAUUGCGAAGGACUAGGUGGAACAAAAUGUGUAAAGUCUGAUAAAACUCCUUCCUUGUUGGAGCUACCACAUGCAAAUGAUGAAGAACCACAACCUUUGGUGAGGUGUUCUAACCACAUGUGCCCCAUAAAAGUGCACUGGCAUGUGAAAGAAAGUUACAGAGAGUACUGGCGAGUCAAAAUCACUAUCACAAAUCUUAAUUUUGUUAAAAACUAUUCCCAGUGGAACUUGGUGGUGCUACACCCCAACUUGAGAAAUGUCACUGAGGUUUUCAGCUUCAACUAUCUGCCCCUUAAUCCGUAUGGAAGCAUUAAUGACACAGGGAUGUUUUGGGGGAUUAAGUACUACAAUGACAUGUUACUUCAAUCAGGACCAAGUGGAAAUGUACAAACUGAGAUGCUACUAAACAAAGAUCCAAGUAUUUUUACUUUCAGAGAAGGAUGGACUUUCCCAAGAAAAAUUUCUUUUAAUGGUGAUGAAUGUGUCAUGCCUCCUCCAGAUGAAUACCCUAGGCUCCCUAACAGUGGUCAUAGUGUCACAGAAAAGCCUUCCCUAAUUUUCUUCUCUUUGUUUUUGCUUAUAGUACUGGUGCUUUGAACAAUAGGUGUCUUGCAUUAGAGAUUAGGACUUAUAAUUAUAAAUAUAUAUAUAUAUAUAUUCAUUUCCUAAUGUAUCACUUUAGCUCAUAAUUUUGAAAUCAAAAAUAUGAGAUCAAGUAGACAUGGUAUGAUUUAUCAUUGAAGAAUAGCAGUAUUAACAAGUAGACAUAAUUAGUUUUUUAUUAUAUUGUAUACAAGUAGAUUUCUGAUUCACCAAUCCA